CGCGAACGCGGAAGUGGCGGCGCCUCAGGAGGCGAAGCGGCUGAGGGAGGAGGAGGAGGAGCGCGGAGAGGUGAGGAGAGGGUGUCGCUCCCCCCUCUCCAGCCUCCCCCAUGGUGGGGUUUGGGGCCAACCGGAGGGGUGGCCGGCUCCCUUCCUUCCUUUUUGUGGCCCUGCUGCUUGUCAUUGCCAUCCUUGUCUUCAACUAUUGGAGCACUUCAUCCCGCCAAGCCGUUCUGCAGGAGGAGGUGGCUGAGCUGCAGGGCCAGGCCAAGCGCAGCGAUGUUGCCCGCGGGCGCCUGGAGAAGAGGAACUCGGAGCUCUUGCUCCAGAUGGAGUCACAGAAGAAACAGCUGGAGCAGAAGGAAGCCGACUACAGUCAGCUGAGCAGCCAGCUGCAAACCAAGGAUGGGCAAAUCAGGAAGUGUGAGGAGAGCAAGGUCAAGCUUCAGAAUAACAUAUCAUACCAAAUGGCAGACAUACAUCGCUUAAAGGAACAACUUGCUGAGUUACGUCAGGAAUUCAUACGUCAAGAGGACCAACUUCAUGAAUACAAGAGCAACAAUACACAACUUGUUAAAAGGUUGGAGUAUGAAAGUUUUCAGUGUGGACAACAGAUCAAGGAAUUGAGGGUGCAGCAUGAAGAAAAUAUGAAAAAAUUAGAGGACCGUGUUUUACAAGACCAAAAGCAGGCUGUGCACAGGAGCCAGGCCAGCAAAUACAUGGAGGCAGAUCUGACCAGAUCUGACGCUGCAUUAUUGAAGACAACGAUAGAGCUGGGGCAAAGAAAUGUAAUGAAGAAUGAAGAACCUUCAGUAAACAAUAUUUCAGAUGGCAAAGAGAAAAUUAAACCAGGAGAUGAUGCAGGCAUGCCUGGGAUAGAAGAGAAUGACCCUGCUAAAGCUGAAGACAAUCUCACUGCUUUGAAGAAGCCGCUUGUUUCAACUUCUCAAAAGGAACGACAUCAGGUCAAUGUGAAUCUUCCCACAGAACAACCUCAUGCUUCUAAUCUGGCUCAAGGUGUGAAUGUUAAACGUGAUGGAAAUGACGAUGUCAUGGUAAAGCAGAUCCCACCGAACCCUCUUCAGCACUUAGUUCCCGAUCAUGUGGAUAGUCAGAAAGCUGAUAAAGAAGUUGUAAAACAAGCUUCAAAGGACAGAGUCAGUGACUUCCAGAGGAUGAAGCAAAGCCGGUUCUUUGAUGAAAAUGAGUCCCCUGUGGAUCCGCAGCAUGGCUCUAAACUGGCGGAUUAUAAUGGGGAUGAUGGGAACGUGGGUGAGUAUGAGGCAGACAAGCAGGCUGAGCUGGCUUACAAUGAGGAAGAGGAUGGUGAUGGUGGUGAAGAAGACGUCCAAGAUGAUGAAGAGAGAGAGCUUCAAAUGGAUCUCGCAGACUAUGGAAAGUCACACUUCAAUGAUGUCCUUUAAAUCGUUAAAUGACCUGCAUCUGAGGAAUUCUGCAAUAGAAAGAAACGGAACUAAUUCUUCCCAGUAUUUACUGUAAAAGACACUAAAAACUGUGGCAGCAAGCUCUGUAAAAUACAUGACAUUAAGUGAUGGAAGGAAAUGGUAGAAUUGUGUAUAUAUGCAUAUAGUUGUAUUUUUUUGCAAAUUGUAUUAUUAGAAAUGGUUUGUUCUUCUACAGCAAGACAGUAACAGCCCAAUCCUAUAGAAAAUCAGGUGCCCCUUAAGCCAGUUGAAGUCAGUGGGGUUUGGUAUACCUGUCUAUAUAGGAUCAGGCCGAAAGACUGUAGCUUGUUUGUAUCCCUUGAGUUAACAGACAUUACAAAACAACUUAGGCUAAUACGUUUACAAAAAUAAGCAACUUUGUAAACUGAAAAAUUUGUACAGUUUGUAUUUGACACAUGUUAAUUGAAUUUGUUGCAUAAAUAAGUGUACAGAUGGCACACCUUUUGAUACAGCAAUGUAGUAAUCCAUACAAGCAAAUAAUUUCUUUUCUUUUGCUGUUGUGGUUCGUAUUUUACAUUGCAUUUGAGAAAGUUGAUUGAAAAUGUGUUACGUGUUUAUAAAAAUUCUUUCCUGAAUAUAUCAAGAAAGAUCUAUGUGACAGUGAAACUUAAUACAUUAAUCCUAUGUAAGAUAAUACAGCUAACCAUAGGUGAGUAAAAUUUAUCCAUAGGGAAUUUGGCAAUAGUAUAGGUAUUUUUAUAGAGUACAUGCCAGAGUUUAAAUUGGUUAAGGAACUGCCAGUAUUUCCAGCACACAAGAGUCUUAUGUACUUCAUUUACCUCUGCUUUUUCAGCAGUGGUUUCCAUCAUAAGCAAAAGAUGAAUCUGUUGCAGUGACCAGAAGUACAAUUCUACUAGUUUUGACCUUAUUCCAGUCUCACCCCUCAUUGUGUUUGAGUGUCAGGCAAUGCUCAGCUUCAUUGCACCUUUACUGUUGUAGACAGAGUUGCUCACAACAUUGGGCAUGUUCUUGUAGUUUUGUGUUUUUUGUCUUCUGAGUGUAAGGAGGUGUGUGAGUGAGUGAGUGAGUGAGGUGGAUGGUUUAAAGCACUUUCUGAAGUUUGCAGAAAUGGUUAUUAACCCUAACUAGUUAUCAACAAGGGCUACUGUGAAUAGAAUUUAUAGGUCCUAUGACAGGGUUGAUUGUACCACACUAUUUCUGUACUCAGGUUAAAGUUCACCUUGGUAAGUUAAAGUUCAUUUGUGAUCAUUUUAAUGGACAAUUUGCAUUAAAUGAAAAGGAGAAAUAAAUCGUGUGUGUGUGUACAUAGAGA